AUGAAUCCGGAUACGGCUGCGGCCUUGAGAGAUGUGUACAAUGAAUCACAGAAAAUUAGACGAGAGAAAAUGAAAGGAAAAACAGUUAUACAACAUCUCUGGCACGAACUAAGUGAGAGUGGAUACAGCAAAUGGCAUCGAACAAAUCCAGCUGGUGAUGCAGUGCAAGACGUUAUGUUUGCGCACCCUACUUCAAUAAAGCUUUUGCAGUUAUUUCCAUACGUCAUCCUAAUGGAUUGCACGUACAAGACUAACAGAUAUGAAAUGCCUCUUUUGGAGAUCAUUGGGGUUACUCCCGUGGGAAGGAACUUCACUAUUGCCGUUGCUUUUAUGUCACGUGAAGAUGAGGACACUUAUGCAUGGACAUUGCGAUGUUUGCGAGACAUAUUACCAAUCGGGAUAGAACCAGAAGUGAUACUGACAGAUCGUGAUUUGGGCCUACUGAAAGCAUUGUCAAAAGUGUUUCCACAUUCGCAUCACAUGUUAUGUUUAUAUCACAUAAACAGAAACGUUGAGGCAAACGCGUCAAAAUUCUUGGGUAACACCAAGUUGGGUGUACUGUUCUGGAGGACGGUGUGGGCAAAGUUAAUCGAAUCUGGGACUGAGGAAGAAUACGAAUGCAACUAUAGAGAGAUAGUUAGUUUGUACGGGCAAUAUCCGAAGUUGAUAACUUACAUCAAUGAAACGUGGUUAAUUUAUAAGGAGAUAUUUGUUAAGUGUAGGACCAACAACAUCGUUCAUUUCGGUAACACGACGACUAACAUGGUAGAGAGUGCACAUCGUGCAACGAAGCGUUGGAUCCAAACAUCGACUGGAGCUAUGGAUACAGUUCAAAAUGCACUAGAUGCGCAAGUUGACCUUCAAAUUAAUGAAUUGAAGGUGAAAAACGAGAGCAGUAGAACAGUCAGGAUGAACAGUACUUCACUGCCGUGCUUCGGUGCUUUGGUGUGUAACGUAUCACACAAAGCACUGGACCUGUUGGAUAAAGAGUACGAAAAGUUGGAAAAGAAGCCGGAUAGUUGCAACUGUUACCUAAGCCGAAGCCACGGACUCCCGUGUGCGUGUAUGAUUGCAGUUAAAAUUGCUGAGGGAGAUACUUUUUAUCCGCAACAGUUACAUCCAUUCUGGAGAACGUUGGUUGUCGACCUGAAGUCGAAUACCUGGGAGGACGAGGAGGAACCGUUUGAUCGACAGUUGCAAUUAAGAAAGUUCUUCUCGAUGAGUUCGAGAAAAGAGCCGUCAUUUGUGAAGGCCAAGGGACGACCUAAGAAUAACUCGAUGAAAAGGAACUUGUCCGGAUAUGAGCACAUGAUGGAUCGGAAAUCCGAAGUUAAAUCUUCUUCGGGCUCUAAGGGUCGCAAAACCCCGACCGAAGGGACGCCACAGUCAAAAUUUAAAGUUGGUACGCCAGAGUCAAAGGUUAAAGGUCGUCCUCGCGGACGUACUAAAUUGACGGAAGAAUCAGUUGUUACUGCCGGGUACCAGGUCAAUUUCUUUUCCUUUCUUCCUCCGUUUCUCGCACAGUCCGUAGCCUCAUAUGUUAAUGUGAGUGAGGGCGGAUGGAAAUUGUGGCUACCGGUGUAUUGCCGAAGUUGUUUACGGCAGUCAGGAGAGAUGGCCACAAGUCCGAACUGA